AUGGGGAACUCGUACAGCAACGGCGGCUCGUCGUCGGGGCACCUGCAGGCGCCGGAGCUGCCGCUGCACCUCUGCUUCUUCCUACUCGUGCUGUUCGUCUUCCUCGGCUUCUCCUGGUACAUGAGCUACGAGUCAGUGGCGGAGACCUUCGCCGACCAGGGCAAGCUCCUGCUCAUGGUGUCCCCGCUCGCGCUGCUCCUCGCGGUGCGGCUGCUGUCGGGAGGCGACGGCGACGGGCGGCGCGUCGACCAGCUGAUGUCCAUGUCGAUGCCGGAGAGGGACUCCAUCCACCGCGCCGGGGGGUCGCCGUGGGGCGUCGGGCUCCUGCUCGUGCUGCUCAUCGUCAUGGUCUCCUACCAGUCCAACUUCCGGGAGAGGUGGUUCGCACUCUAG